GCGGGAGAGAUUUUGGAGACCACGAAGGCGAACGCUGUGGUGUGUGAGAAGAGCAGUUUCGACGAGGGAGACAUCAAUGCGCAGAGGAUUGAGGCCGUGCGGACCUUCGUGCAACGGCUAGAUGAGGAGUGCGCGCAUGGCGGGGCCGACGACACGUCGAACUCCAGCGAGGACGAGGAAGGCGGUGGGAAGGCAGAACGGGCAAGUAAACGCGGCCGCGUCCGCGAGGGAGCGGCCUCGGGCGCGGAUGAGGCGGCGCGAGAAGCAGUGGAGCGCGACAUGCUGAUUCAGGUCGAACAGCUAACUCCCGAGGAAAUCGCGGAAGGAGCGAAGCAGAUUUAUCGCGCGCUCGACGGGAAGUACGUAGACAUCAACAAUAGGAAACAGAAAGUAAACGGCGUCAUGACCAAAGUGCGGCACGUGCCACGGUUGGGGAAAGCCGCCCAUAAGCUGCUGACGCACAUAGAGCACACGUCGCGGCGACUGUCUGGGACGCAGGUAGCGCGUCGAAUCAUGCGGUUUGAGACGAACGCGCUGCGAGUGCGGUACGGCGUCCCCAUAUUCGUAACCUUCUCGCCCGACGAAGGUCACAAUCUGCUCAUGGUGAGAUUCUCGCGCACUCGACGGCAGGACCCCGUGCACAAGGCAGCUGAUGAUGAAGCGCACUCGCGGCUGGCGGGGGGUCGGGGCUGGCCGCGCGUAGCCCCCGACAUGGAUGGGCUGCGCAUGGACCUGCCGAUGGCCACGGGGGAGGCAGGAGUGCCGCCAUGGAACGAGCGCAGACGAAUUCUUGCGAGAGAUCCCAUGGCCAGCGUGGACGGCUUCCGUAUCCUGGUGGAC